AUGGUAUUUUAUUCUGUAUUUUUUACUCCACAGGUUGGUGUCGGAUUCAAUCGUCAUGCCUGGAAUGACCUUGAGAAAAAAGUGCGAUCCAUCGCACGUCGCGCGCACAACGUUGUGGUUGUCACUGGUCCACUGUUUCUGCCCAUCGUUGAAGGAAACAAGAAGAAAGUAGUCUAUGAGGUGAUUGGUUCAAACAAUGUGGCCGUCCCAACACAUUUUUUCAAAGCGAUUGCAAUUCAAGAGAAAGAAAAUGCUCCGUGGCACUGUGUCGCCUGGGUUCUUCCCAAUAUGGCCUUACCGGAAACUGUACAGUUGGACAAGUUCCAAGUUCCCCUGAGUGCGGUCGAGCGAGCCGCUGGUCUGAAAAUUUUCCCCAAUUUACCUAACUAG